GCGGCUUUGAUUGACUAGACGCGGAAAGGAGGCCGGGCUCCACUCCGCAUUCAAGUCCCGCCUCGCCUUGAAGCGUGUUUUUGUCCUGGAACCUUAAGCUAUAAAAUGAAGGGCUUCCCCACUCCGCCAGGGACAGCGCGUGAAGCUAGAGUUCACCUGGUGAAGUGCCGCGCGGACACUUGAGGCAGUCUGAUGCUUUAACAGCGGGCGCGCGGAGAGAGACGUCGCUGAGCGGGUUCCCUUCCAAAGCGAGAACAGUCACCGGGCUGAGGACGGAGCAGAGCCAUGGCGGGGGACGGUUCGGACCAGCGAGCCCUGCAGUAUGAGCAAACUUUGAUGUAUGGGCGUUACACCCAGGAACUUGGGGUGUACGCUAAAGAGGAGGCGGCCCGGCUGAGGGAGAGCGGGCAGAGGCGGUCCAUCAGCGAGCGCAGCCGGACCCUGGACCUGCUGGAGUACGACAAGGGACGCUGCGCCAAGUGCCGCAGGUCAGGGUACCCGUAUGUUCUGGAGGCCCCAGCCCAGGAUUUUAUCUCUGUCUGCACAGUUCGCUGCCAGAAAUUCCUGAUCUCACGGGUCGGGGAGGACUGGAUCUUCCUAAUCCUGCUUGGGCUGGUCAUGGCCCUCGUCAGCUGGGUAGUAGACUUCUGCAUAGCCAUCUGCCUUCAAGCACAGAAGUGGAUGUAUGGUGGUCUUGACAGUAACGUGUUCCUGCAGUAUCUGGCCUGGGUCACAUACCCCGUGGUCCUUAUCACCUUCUCUGCCGGCUUCACUCAGAUCCUCGCCCCGCAGGCUGUUGGUUCAGGCAUCCCCGAGAUGAAGACCAUCCUGCGAGGCGUGGUGCUGAAGGAGUACCUCACUUUCAAAACGUUUGUGGCCAAAGUCAUCGGGCUCACCUGCGCCCUGGGCAGCGGCAUGCCCCUGGGCAAGGAGGGUCCCUUUGUGCACAUCGCUAGUUUGUGCGCUGCUCUCCUCAGCAAGUUUAUGUCUCUGUUUGGAGGAAUCUAUGAGAAUGAGUCGAGGAACAUCGAGAUGCUGGCGGCAGCCUGUGCAGUGGGAGUGGGCUGCUGCUUUGCUGCCCCCAUAGGAGGUGUGUUGUUCAGUAUUGAAGUAACAUCCACAUUCUUUGCUGUGAGGAACUACUGGAGAGGAUUCUUUGCAGCUACCUUUAGUGCCUUCAUCUUCAGAGUGUUAGCUGUUUGGAACAGAGACGAAGAGACCAUCACAGCACUUUUCAAAACCCGUUUCCGUUUGGAUUUCCCCUUUGACCUCCAGGAGCUUCCUGCCUUCGCUGUCAUAGGUAUUGCCAGUGGAUUCGGUGGUGCUUUGUUCGUCUACCUGAACCGACUGAUUGUCCAGUUCAUCAGAAAACAAAAGACCAUCAACAAAUUCCUCAUGAAAAAACGACUGCUGUAUCCAGCACUGGUCACUUUACUGAUUUCAACGCUGACAUUCCCACCUGGAUUUGGACAGUUUAUGGCCGGAAAGUUGACUCAAAAGGAGUCUCUGGUGACUUUGCUGGACAACCGGACGUGGGCCAAACAGGGGAUUGCUGAGGAAUUCGACUACAUUGGAAACUCCCAAGCCUGGAAACACCCGCAAGUCAACGUCUUUGUCACCCUGGUCCUCUUCAUCGUCAUGAGGUUCUGGAUGUCUGCCCUGGCCACCACCAUCCCUGUGCCCUGUGGAGCCUUCAUGCCUGUAUUUGUCAUCGGAGCAGCCUUUGGCCGUCUGGUUGGAGAAAGCAUGGCAGCCUGGUUCCCAGAUGGCAUUCAUUCAGAUGGGUCCAUCUAUCCCAUAGUGCCAGGAGGCUAUGCUGUUGUAGGUGCUGCAGCCUUGUCAGGAGCUGUCACCCACACUGUUUCCACCGCUGUCAUUGUGUUUGAGCUGACUGGUCAGAUCUCCCACAUUCUGCCCGUGAUGAUAGCUGUCAUCCUGGCCAACGCCGUGGCUCAGUCUUUGCAGCCGUCGCUCUACGACUCCAUCAUCAGGAUCAAGAAGCUGCCCUACCUCCCAGAGCUGGGCUGGGGUCACCACGAGAAGUAUAACAUCCGCGUGGAGGACAUUAUGGUGCGGGAUGUACGGUACAUCACACUCAACUGCUGCUACCGAGACCUGCACAACAUCCUGAUGUCGAUCCACCUGAAGACCCUGGCACUGGUGGAAUCUGCUGAGUCAAUGAUCCUGUUGGGCUCCAUAGAGCGUGCCCAGCUGCAGUCGCUGCUCUCCCAGCAGCUCAGUCGCAGCAGACGGAUGGAGUACAUCAGAGAGCGGGCUGCCACGGAGAAAAAACACCUGUCUGUUGUGUCAAACAACGACAGUGACGACGGCCGCCAGCGGGCCAGCCAGGAGGUCCGCUUCCAGAUCUCUACUGAGGAGUCCACCUUCAGUCCAACCCGUCCAGCUUCUCAGAAGCCCCUCAAGCCUGCACUGAAAAGAUCAUCUGUGGUGGAGAGACCCACUGAGCUCCCCACAAGCCCUCAUGAUCAUUCCGGCAUUGCGUUGAAGAGCCUGUUCUGCUCCAGUCCAGACGCAGAAGCUCUGGAGAAAAACAACAAUUUGGAGAGCCCCGUGUCUCCUGAGCAAAGGAGGCCAUCCAAACGAGUCCGGAUAUCAGUUGUGGAGCCACCUUCCGGCCUAAAGGGCUUUUCUGUGGAUGAUGGAGAUGUGGAAGACGACAUGACACUUAGAGAGAUCACAGAGUGGGAGGAGAGACAGCUUGAUGAGCAAGUCAACUUCAGCACCUGCAAGAUUGACCCUGCCCCUUUCCAGCUGGUGGAGCGCACUUCCCUGCAUAAGACUCACACCAUUUUCUCCCUGCUGGGUCUUGACCACGCCUAUGUCACCAGCAUCGGACGUCUCAUCGGGGUGGUUUCACUCAAGGAGCUCCGCAAAGCCAUCGAGGGCUCGGUGACGGUGAAAGGCGUGAAGGUGCGUCCGCCUCUGGCCAGCUUCAGGGAUAGCGGCACCAGCAGCAGCGAGAACGAGGCAACUGAGCUCCACAAGCUGUGGGACCGCCACAGGAGCGUGUCGCUGCCAGGGGACCAGGUCACCUCAGAGUCCGAUGAGAAGUCUCAGUGAGGGGACGCUGGGGACAAAAAGCAAGAGGUGCAGGUGGGGGAGGAGGAGGUGGAGGAUGCAUGGAGGUCUUUAAUCUCCAAAGCCACAAACAUGCAAAACUCCUCAGGGCUACAGAUCAUUAUUUAAUUGUAGAAAGUUCUGCUACGCCGGCCUUCACCCCUCUCUCCUUUUUCUGCCACUCUACCUCCUCCAGCACCACCUCCUCUGCUUCUCUACCUACCUUUACUAGUGCUUCCUCCAGGGGCCUUGCAAUGACCCAGCCAGACACUCCACUGGAAGAGCUAAACACACAACUGUCCCUGGCUCUCCAUUUACCCUUGGGGUCCCACAGUAGAACAUGUCCAUCAUCUCCAAAGCUGGGACUGUGUGUUUUUUUUGUUUUUUUUAAAGGGAUUUUUUUGGUAGACUUUUUUCCUGUUUGUGUAUGUUUAAAGUUGGAAUCAAGGUUUGGAGCUGCAAAAUCUUUUGAGCAAGUCUUCCACUUGACCUCUGAAUUUCCCCAGUGACGACGAGGAAGAAUACUGUAAUGUGUGCUUGAUCUGGAAGUGUGAAUGUAUGAAAGCGGAAAAUGUGAGUGCGCAUGAAGAGAAGCGUAGCAGAUGACUCUAUCUUAUAGGAUUUUUUUACUGCCUUUAAAACAAAUUUUAGUCUGUGUUUUUUCUGUGACGAAGUCUAGUCCUGACAAAUCAGGUGGUCUGAAAGAAUCUCUACAGUUUGUCUCAGUACCAAGUAUUCAACUGAUAAGGGGACAGAUGCUGAAGUGGUCAUCCCUUCACUGCGGGUCCUAACGGUUAGGCCGAGUACAGCGAACCUGUCGGCACCAUAAUGUACACUCCUUUUCUACUGUAGCUCUGUCCUCAAGCUCCCACAGUGGACAUUCUCUGCAAAUUAAAUCUGACUCUCAGUCAGAGAUUCGCCGAGGGUCCGGGAAGAUGAAGAGGGGAGGAAGGAGGAAAGGCGGGGAGCAAAUGAAUGUUUGGAAGAAUGAAGACGUUACCUACCAAGCUGCUCUGGAUGCUCGUCAAUCUGAAGUUAACCGCUGCAUGAGCUGAUAUUACAUCAUAUCAGAGAAACAACACAAACUACACUUGUAUACUUAUAUAACGGUACAAGAUGAUACACUGAUACGAUAUUUAGUGACAACUAAAAAAAUAUAUAUGACCAGCGGGGAGCAUUUUCAUUCGUUCAGUCGGACACAGUAACUAGAGUUUACCUGCUGCAUUAUUACUAGAUUAUUGUUAACCAGGACCCUGAGGCAUGAAUGUGUAACUGUGCCAUGUUUUCUGAUCCCUGACAUAACGGAAAACAUUAAAUACUUCAUAGUUAAUAAUUCAUGCCCUCCAUAUUGCUCCAGGCUUCCAUGUUCCCUCUGUUCAUUUCUCCCAGCUCCUCCCUCUUUUCCAGUCCCAUUUGCAAAUGUUUUAGUCCCAGGCAACAAUUUGUGCUGCCAUUUUAUUACAUUUAAAAACACUCCCAGCCUCUCAAUGACUUUUAUAGGCUUAAGUGCAUUUAUAUAGAUUUUGGCAUCUUUCCUUGUUAGGUUCUGCAGAAUCGAAAGCAUUUGCGGUGACAACGCAUGGCUUUGCAUGACAGACAGCAUGAGGCAUUUAUAAAUUGAAUGUACCAAAAGCAACAGAGACUAGGGGACGGAUGAAUGAUGUCAUAGAUUUGCCAUCCUGUGCCUGUAUUUUCUGCCAUUUUGCAGCAUCUCCCUCUUAUCCAGUAACUUUUAGUCAUUACCUGAUUCUGAAUAGGGCAUGGGGUCUUUGGGGGUUCAGAAACUUACAGAUUAAUAUAUUUAAUAUCAAUCCUGUUAUGAGAUCAUGAUUUAAUGUCUUAAUCGAUCGUACUUGUUGUCUCUUGUUUCUGAAGAGAUUUUUCAUCUUUUAUAUUUAUCUCUCGUCAUUUUCUAAUGAUUUAAAUGCUAUUUUUUUAUAUUUAACAUGCUGUCUGAAACAUUUCUACGGUUCAGAUUCAUUUGUGAAGUGCGAAUACACUAACAGGGCGAUGGCCUGUGGCGCGUGCCUGAUGGCAAACAGAAGAACCAGAAUAAUGAAGUUAACUUUGAAGGAAGGAACUCGCUCGUUCCACAAGUGCCUCCUUCUCUUUAUCAGCGGGACUAAACAGCGCAGAGCUGCUUUUCUCCUCACACGCAUGUAGACCAGGCACUUCUCACGCUCGUCCCCAAAUAUGUAAGUGGCUUGAUGAUGUUUCACGGCAGUGUGCGGCUGUCACUAUAGCAACCGCGGUGUCUGCUCACCCCGCGGGGAGCAGAGCUGAAAGCGCUCCACUCAUUUGGUUCUGUUCAUUUGUUUGCGCGUCUUCCUCGGUUUUCAUUGUUCCGCCGUGUCUUUUCACCUCGCCGCUGACGUCUCGGCUCAUCUGUGGCGGCGCGAGGUCGCCGGCUCUUUAUCAGCCCGCAUUAAUCACAGUAGAAGUUGUACAUUUUCUUUUUAUUGAUGGAUCUGCUUGUGGGUAAUUGAUUUGUGCAAUAACAGUAGUUCAUCUCAUUUUCUAGUUCGGUUGUAAUUGAUGACAUGAAUGCAAGAUAACCUUAUUUUUGUAAAGAAAUCUGAAAAGAGUAAAAAGAUUUAUGUAUACAAGAAGAAGUAGCAUGGUAAGGUCUUUGACUGUAGAGCAAGGUUUCCCAGAAGCCUCCGGAGAUUAAAAUCCACACCACAACAUUCACUUGCACUCUGGAUGCCUCAGUUUGGCUUUUUGGAAACCUUCUCUGAAAGACUGUGUGGUGAAGCUGCUGCGUGGACUGUAGCUGAUGCUCUCAUCCAAGCCUCCCUACACGCUGACUCCGAGUCAGUUUCAUCAUUCUCUCUUCCCUCCUCUCCUCCAGUCAGAGCGGCUUGGAUGAGCCCAGAUCCUUCAUCCACUCCUUUACGGACUGUACAUUACAGCAAGCCAUGUGGUCCAAACCAGAGCGAGCAGGGAACAAAACUCCAGAGCUAUUUUUCAGAUGGAAAAUUGAAACAUUGUUUUUUUUGUACAUCACAAUGAAUAAAUCUGAUUUUAACAAACAA